AUGGCUUUCAAGAAAGGUUCGCAUAUUUGGAAAACCGUUGGUAAAGGCUAUGAAAAUUUGAGAACUAGCAUGGUGUGGAAAUUGGGUGAGGGUACUUCAAUAAACCUAUGGUUAGAUAAUUGGUUGGGUAUAGGUCUUAUUCGUCAGUAUAUGCAUGGCCCCCUCAAUAAGGGGGAAGAGGAGAUGAAAGUUAAGGACAUAAUCAUAGAGAAUAAGUGGGAUAUUAGUCAACUUUCCUUUAAUUUUCCGCCUUUCAUUGCCGUGAGGAUAGCUUCUAUGCAAAUUCCCUUUCAAAUCCCUGAUACUACUUUCUCAUCCUUAGUAGACCAUGAUAAGUUCUCCCGGGCCGAAGUUUAUAAUAAGAUCAUUGACCAGAGAACCCAUCUCAAAGGAAGCGAGUGGAUUUGGAAGGUGAAGACACUUCCUAAGCUCAAUUUCUUCCUAUGGCUUAUGUGGUGGGAUCGUCUCCCACAUAAUACUCUCCUCCAUCUACGUCAUAUAAUACCCUCUCCCGAAUGCCCAACAUGCCCGGAAUUUAAUGAAGAUACAUUGCAUGUUAUUAGGGACUGUACCAAGGCAUCUCAGAUUUGGAACCUUAUCGCGUUACCGGGGGAAUUUUGGGAUUGCAACCACAUAGCCCGAAAUAAAUUUAUCUUUGGGCAAAAAGCUUAUGGUCCUCCUGAGGUGACGUUGAAUCAAGCCCUCAAUCUCACAAAAGAUUUUAUUGCUAAUCAAUCCACGAUCCCGUUACUAAAGACUCCUCAAAUCUCUCAAAAAUGGAAAAAUUAUUCUAGGUCGUAUGUUCAAGUGAAUGUUGAUGCCUCCUUUGUGGAUAUUGAAACCAUAGCAAGUAUAGCAGGUGUUAUAAGAAAUCAUCAAGGAAAUUGGCUAACCGGGUUCCAGAGUCUAUCAUAUGCUACUAACCCUUUCCAUGCAGAGUGCCUUGCCAUAAGGCAAGGUUUACAGAUUGCUAUACAGAAGAAAUUUGCUUACAUUGGAGCUGAGGCACUAUUUCAUGGACAUGGUGCUAGAGUUCGUUAG